AACAGUGUAGUGCUUUUAAUGUUUUUUUGUGUGCACUUUUAGCUUUGGCGUUUAGCAAAAUUACACAAUCUGAUAUUCUGUAUCUACUGAUACAGACAAAUUACAAUCCAAUCCGUUCUUUCUGCAGUGUUUACUACUUUGUGUCGAUUAAAUGCGUUCAUCCCCAUCUUUCCGACAGCACUUGAAGGCAGCAGCAGGAGCUCAUCUGUUGGGCAGGAAAACUAAUCAGGAGCCAAGUAAAGACUUUUCAGUAUUGCUACCAACUAGGCUAGCAAGCUUUUAAAGUCAGCUGUCCAUACGACUACUUAACACAGACUCUGUUUUUAAGUACAGUAUAUUAUCUGUACAGUAUACAAUAUUCAAGCUAUGUUUUAGGAACAUCGUUUAUUUGCUCUGAAAGUAGUAAGGCGGACAGCCUCUGGCCAGCUGAAGCUUGCGGCUAGCUAGCUUAUUCGUUAGCUGGGAAAGACGUGCAAGUGGAGGCAAGAAAAUGGAGCUGGACGACGUAGUCCUGUAUCAGGACGACUCGGGCAACUCUACCAUGAUGUCCGAGCGGGUCUCAGGUCUGGCCAGUUCAAUAUACCGCGAGUUUGAACGCCUUAUCCAAAUAUACGACGAGGACGUAGUGAAAGAGUUGAUGCCGCUGGUCGUCGCCGUACUGGAGAACUUGGACUCCGUGUUCGCUGUCAACCAGGAGCACGAAGUGGAGCUGGAGCUGCUGAAAGAAGACAACGAGCAACUCGUCACCCAGUAUGAAAGAGAGAAAGCACUGAGAAAACACACAGAGGAGAGGUACAUCGCCUUAGAAGACUCCCAGGACGGCGAGAAGAAGGAUCUCCAUUGUCGGGUUGUGAUGUUGGAGUCACACACACGUCAGCUAGAGCUAAAAACUAGAAACUAUGCAGAUCAGAUUAGCAGAUUUGAGGAGAGAGAAGCAGAGCUCAAGAAGGAGUAUAAUGCUCUUCAUCAGAGACACACAGAGAUGAUCCACAGCUACAUGGAGCACCUGGAGCGAACUAAACACCAACAUGCGGUCACAGUAGCAGAGUCAUCAGAUGCAGGCACACCAGCUAGAACACGAAGGGAGCGUCCUAUCUCCAUGGGUAUAUUCCAACUUCCUGGGACUGAUGGUAUGACCCCUGACCUCCAGAGAGAAUCCGUGGACACCUCUUCAGAGCCAUGGAGAUACAACAUUAACCAUCCACGGUCCAACACUAGCCUCAAGUUUGAGGGACAGUUCUCCUCAAGCAAAGUGAAAGGUGAAAGAUCGCCGGAAAAUUUGCCCAAUCAGAAGGCUGAUCAGGACCAUGAGGAGUUGGCCGGUUCGAACCGCGGAGGCUCCAAGUCCAGUACUCCAAACAACCGGGGAAAUGUUUCCAAAAGUGGAACUCCUGUAUCUUUACAAGCUGGAGGUUCCAAAUCCAACACCCCCAUGUCCUCUCAGGGUGGUCCCACUAAAUCAAACACUCCCACAUCUACAUACAAUGAUAACUCUCAGUCCACUACACCGCUAUCUCCUCAUGAUAGAGUGUCCACCGGAAUAAGUCCUGUGUCCCACCAGGGCGAAGGGUCAGCCUCUCUCACACCUGCGUCUAUUGCUUCUUUGGAUAUUGCCAUGGAGUCUGUGGAGCAGGAAGUUUCAGAUGGGCUCAACAAGAACCUAGACAGGAACCACGGAAAACCAAAGAGCAGUAAGGACAUUGCAGCCAUGCAAGGACAGCAGGGUGAGCUUGGACACGAUAGUCAGGCCACUACACCCCUCAAAGGUGAUGAUGGAGCACACAACCAGGAGAGCUCUGAGGUGCAGGCCAUCAUAGAGUCCACUCCCGAGCUGGACAUGCACCAUGAUGGCUGCUUAGGAACAAGCACACCAACUAUAGGCGGCAUAGAGAAUCUAGCGUUUGACCGCAACACUGACUCUCUGUUUGAGGAGCUGUCGUCGGCAGGAAACGACCUGAUCAGAGACAUGGAUGAAGGCGCCGACAUGCUGGAAGAGUUUUCUGACUACAGCUUUCUAGGUAUGGGUCGGGAAGUUGAACAUCUCAUCCAUGAAAAUGCCCAGCUACUGGAGACCAAAAAUGCUUUGAAUGUGGUGAAAAAUGACCUGAUAGCACAAAUGGAUGAAUUGACUUGUGAGAAGGAGGUUCUGCAAGGUGAGCUAAAUGCUGUCACUCAGGCCAAGGCCAAACUGGAGGACAAGAACAAAGAAUUAGAAGAUGAACUUAAGAAGAUUCGAGCAGAGCUCGAGGCCUCCAAAAACAAGGUCAAGAAUGACAACAAUGAGGAUGAUAGCGAUGUGCCUACAGCCCAGAGGAAGCGCUUCACCAGGGUGGAGAUGGCCAGAGUCCUGAUGGAGAGGAACCAGUAUAAGGAGAGGUUAAUGGAGCUGCAGGAGGCUGUCAGAUGGACGGAGAUGAUCCGGGCUUCAAAGGAGAACCCAGCUCUUCCAGAGAAGAAGAAAUCCAGCCUCUGGCAGUUGAUUUUCAGCCGUUUGUUCAGCUCGUCGGGCGGGGCAGCCAAGAAGCCGGCAACGGAUGCCCCAGUGAACGUCAAGUACAAUGCACCCACCUCUCAGAUUCAACCGUCCGUCAAGAAGAGGAGCACCACGCUGCAGCAGCUGCCCAGUGACAAGAGCAAAGCCUUUGAUUUCCUCAAUGAGGAAGUGGCAGCUGAUAAUGUGGUGUCCAGGCGGGAGCAGAAGAGGGCUCAGUACCAGCAAGUCAAAGACCACGUCCAGAAGGAGGACGGCAGAGUGCAGGCGUGCGGCUGGAGUCUGCCUAAGAAAUACAAAGCCAAUGGUGGCCAGACAGAGAGUAAGGUGAAGAAUCUACCUGUUCCUGUCUUCCUCAGACCGCUUGAUGAAAAAGAUGCUUCUAUGAAGCUGUGGUGUGCUGCUGGUGUGAACCUCUCUGGAGGAAAAACCAGAGACGGAGGUUCGAUUGUAGGAGCCAGCGUGUUUUACAGCAACAUCCCCGGACCAGAGAGCCCUAAAAAGAAAAUAGGAUCUCAGAGCAGCCUGGAUAAACUGGAUCAAGACCUCAAGGAGCAGCAGAAGGAGCUGCGGCAGCAGGAUGAGUUGUCGUCGCUGGUUUGGAUUUGUACCAGCACCCAGUCCACCACCAAAGCUAUUGUCAUUGACGGCAACCAGGCUGGAAACAUCCUGGAGAGCUUCUUUGUUUGUAACUCCCACGUCCUCUGCAUCGCCAGUGUUCCAGGGGCAAGAGAGACAGACUACCCAGCUGGUGAGGAAGUAGUUCCUAACUCUGAGACAGGACCAGCAGCGGAUGGCGGAUCACAAUCAACCGAUAGCCUCUCUGCAGGCGGCGAUGACGUGCUCGGAGGCAUCACUGUUGUUGGCUGUGAAGCUGAGGGUGCAGCAGCUGUUCCUCAGACAGCAGCCAGUCCAGGAGAAGACGGAGACAGUGAAUCCAGACCAGCAGAGGAAGCCACAGAGGCAACAGAGGCCUGUGCAGGGCCUGCUGACCAAAGAGAGAGCCUUAAGGGAGUCUACACUGAACACGUCUUCACUGAUCCACUGGGAGCUCAGAAGAGCACAGAGGCUCCAGCUAACUACUCCCAGAGGGAGAGUGAUCUUUUGAAAGAUGGUGUGAGUUCAAACCCCAACGCAGAGGAGCAGGACCUGAUGAGGGAAGAGGCUCAGAAAAUGAGCAGUGUUCUGCCUACAAUGUGGCUGGGGGCACAGAAUGGAUGUGUGUAUGUCCACUCGUCUGUGGCUCAGUGGAAGAGGUGUCUCCAUUCUAUAAAGCUGAAGGACUCUGUGCUCGGCAUAGUGCAUGUGAAAGGGCGUGUACUGGUGGGUCUUUCUGAUGGCACUUUAGCCAUUUUCCACAGAGGAGUGGACGGACAAUGGGAUCUGACCAACUACCAUCUGUUAGACCUAGGGAGACAACACUACUCCAUCCGCUGCAUGACCGUAGUACAUGACAAGGUGUGGUGUGGCUACAGGAACAAGAUCUAUGUGGUGCAGCCCAAAGCCAUGAAGAUAGAGAAGUCAUUUGACGCCCACCCUCGUAAGGAGAGCCAGGUACGUCAGCUGGCCUGGGACGGCGAUGGCAUCUGGGUGUCCAUCAGACUGGACUCCACUCUCAGGCUGUACCACGCUCACACCUUCCAGCACCUUCAGGACGUCGACAUCGAGCCCUACGUCAGCAAGAUGCUUGGUACAGGGAAACUAGGUUUCUCUUUUGUGAGGAUCACAGCUCUCAUGGUGUCAUGUAAGCGUCUGUGGAUCGGCACUGGGAAUGGAGUCAUCAUCUCCAUCCCUCUGACAGAUACAGCCAACAAGGAAACCAAAGCAGCACUCAAUCAACCAGGAAGUGCAGUCCGUGUCUAUGGCGACGACCGCAGUGACAAAGUGACAGCUGGGACGUUUGUUCCAUACUGCUCCAUGGCUCACGCUCAGCUCUGUUUCCAUGGUCACAGAGAUGCUGUCAAGUUCUUCACGGCGGUCCCAGGUCAUGCAGUUCCAUCUGCGUCCUGUGGAGGGGAGGCAGCGGGUGACAAGACGACAGAUGCCGCAACUCAGGAAGGAACCAAGUCCAUGUUGGUGAUGAGUGGAGGAGAAGGCUACAUCGACUUUAGGAUGGGGGAUGAGAAUGGCGAGGAGGACGAGGACCCCCUAUUGAAGCUGCAGCCCUUGCUGGCUAAAGCCGAGCGCAGCCACCUCAUCGUCUGGCAGGUCUUUGCCGGCGAGGACUAAACUCUGACCUGCGUCCCCUCAGGCCUAAUUUGCCUUUUCUCUCAAACCCGCUGCCACGGAGGAGGAGUUCAGGUGGAUGACUCCCCUCUUCAGACACGAGUUUGAUCAGCACUUAUUUCUUCCUCAAACCGAACAAUAACAGUGAGACAAGCAGAAACUCCGUGGUAAGCUGGACAGGAGCAGUGUCAACAGAUUUAAGCAAACUGCAUAUUGUUGUUUUCUCGUAUGUGUUUUUUUAAAACAACGUCAUGUCUUCUCAUAUUAUUUGAGGUAAAUACAGAACAUUUUUGUUACAUUUGCUCAGCAGAUCCAAUGGAUUUUCCUCCUAACGUUUCCAGGUUCUCUUAACUCCGUUGAGUUGUUGUGUACUCAUUCUGGACCCAAACAGAAAAGAAUCAUCUGUGAGCUUCCCUGUUGCCCUUUAAAAUGUAAUACUCAUUAUGUGCGAGAGCAAAUCAUGUGCGAUUCUUGAUGAAUCCCGACUCCUCUUUCAUGUUUUUCACCCUUUGAGAACUUGGCUUUUGAUUGUAUGCAAGACAAACUGAAUUGAUUGCCAGUUGUUUAAGUCAAAUGCAAUACACGAGCUUCAUCAGGUUAGUGUCUCUUUGAGCAGAAGACAGCCCUGCAUUUCUCCUAACAUUCAAGAAGUUAUUGUGGGAGCCUCAGUUUAUGCGUCUCAUGCUUGCAUUACCAUUCCAUUCCAGGCACAGAGCUAAGCAUCCAACACUCGGAAAAAGUAAAUGAAACUAGCAACUUUGUGAUAAAACCCAGAGGGUUGUUUCAUAACACGUACCACUGUUAUGAAGAGAUUCUCCGAAUCCUCAAAGUUGAUUUGCAACGCUGGCAGCAUGGCUCUGUGGAUGGCAGUGUGUGUUGUUCAGACCCAGACUUUGAUCCUCAACAACUAUGGGAUGGAUUGCCAUGAAAUUUGGUGCAAAAAUUCAUUCAACCAAGAUGGGAAACCUUAUUGUCCGUGUGAGCAUGUUAGCAUUCAGCACAAAGCAACACGGUGUCGACGUGCAGCCUCCCAGAGCUGCUAGCGUGUCUGUAGACUUAAGUCUUGCUCAGGAAGAAUGUGUAAUUAUUGUUCAGAAAAUCGGAUGUGACUUGAAUGUAAUGACAAUACAUUAGAGGCACGUACUUGCGUCGGAGUAACUCCAUUCACAAAACCCUUAAUUACGAAAUGAAAAGCAGCGUCUGCUGCUACAUCUACCACCACACACUGUAAACCCUUCCUUUAAGUUAGUUUUGGUUGCAAGGCUGGUAGAUUCAUAGACCACAGACUUGUAUUUAUUCCAGAAUUGCAUGUGAAAGCUGUCAGUCCUCUGCUGUCAGUCUGCCCACCAGCUCCAGCUAGUAGACACUUUAAAAAUAUAUGCCUUAGGAAUCAAGGGUUGAAAGGACUUGAAGUUACUAUGCUUUUCAGGUGUGACAACGUAUUUCUUUCUUGAAAGAAUGGUGUGCUUGUUACCAAAGGAUAAAGAAUGAAAGAUGGAUAGUUAGCCACAUGCUGAAACAAUAAUAGUAUCUCAUCUAACAUCGAGCAGCAUGUUUUGAGUCUGCCUCCAUGUAGAUAACAUGCACGUGUUUUUGUAAUAGAAAUCCGAAUGUAAAGAUAAGAUAUAUAUUUUUAGACUUUCAUAUUUGGAAAUUGACAUUUUCCGGGUGUAAGAGAACAGAAUGUGCUAGACCUGUCACUAUGAGAGGAAACAAGCAGCAACACUGAGGAUUGCAUAACAACAGCCCCCCCCCUCCCAGUCCUUAUCUCGACGUUAGGUCAGAAUUCUAUCAUUGACAUUUUUGGUUUUGCCGCGCUGUUCUGCCCACUUUGUGCAGGAAGACGCUUAUCUGAAUUUCUCAGUGAUAUCCCCUCCUGAUGGCAAACUGAUGUUUUAGGUAUGUUUUUAUGAACUUUUUGUUUUGUUUUGGUUGUUUUUUUAGACUUUACUCUCUCUGAGUGCAGUGCACAAGGUGUUAUUUUGGUUGUCAUAUGAGAAUAUGUAUUUCUGGCCUCUGUGUACCAGUACACUGCACUGGUAUGUUCUUUGUUUUGUCCUCUUUGUAUUGAACAGUAUCAGAGGUCUGUCCUUAUCGUGUGUGUGUGUGUGUGUGUGUGUGUGUCUGUGUGUGCGUGUCUUCUCUCCAGGAGACAAAUGAAAUGUUAUUGCAGUUUAGCCAUUUCAGUAUUUAUUUACAAUGAUCAAGCCUUUGCAAUUCAGAAUGUAUCUUUGUACAUUGAAUAUGAAGAUGAAUAUAUAUAUAUAUAUAUAUAUAUAUAUAUAUAUAUAUGAUUAUAUAUGAAACAUGAACAUUGCUUGGGUUUAAUGUUUUGACAACAGUUGUUGCUGUUGAAAGGAUCUGAAUUUGUUUUGUAGAAGGUAACCUUACUCAGCUAUGCACUAUGUCUGAGGGGAGAGGAGUGAGGCGGGUUUGCUUCAGGCCUGUUUUUGAUUUUUAAUUUUUGAAGUGGAAACCCUGCAGCCUGUCCACAGACUCUGACACAAUCAGUUUUCAACUAGUGCAGGAAAGGAAGGCAAACUAUAUACGAUUAGCGAGCAGCUUCAUCCCACCACAGCACGAUGGAGCAUCUCUCCCUCCUCCACAGGUCUGCCAUCCCUCUCAUCUGCAUACUGUGUGCGUGUCAUUAACUUGGCAGGGACGGUCUCUCUCCCAGGUUAGCAAUACAAACCCCAUCCUUUACUUCUACAGCAUCUCUAGCCUUACUCAUUAUUAACAGUCAAUUAAAGCAACUUUUGUUGGCAA